AUGUCUAAAGUCUAUCACACAGAUGGGAAGACAAUAACAGUCAACACUGACUAUUGUAUUGGGUGUGGUGCGUGUGUCGACAUCUGUCCAACGGGAGUUCUUGAUAUCGUCAAUAAAAAGAGCACCCCUGUUAACAUCGAUAAUUGUUGCAAGUGCAGAGAGUGCACACGUGUGUGUCCUGUCGAUGCGCUCACGGUCGACUAA